UACUCUACUCCUUUAAGCCUGCACCUGCAGCCGACUGCCUCUCUCUCUCUCUCUCUCUCUCCUCUUCUCUCUCUUAAAUUAUGGGUUUAAUUGAUUUUUUGGUAUCUCCUACCUGAAAGUAGAAGUAGUGCUGUUGUAUUUGGGUAGUGAGAAGAAGAAUCAAAGUCCCACGGAUUUGGGAGACGAGACACAAAAGGAUUGCCUGCUAAACAGUUAGUCUAACAAGGAUGAAUGUAGAUAGUCAAAAUAUUGAACCGGUGACUGAUUUGAGUCUUUCUUUGGGUUAUUCGAAUCAAUGCAUGCAGAGAAGAUUGGACAGUGAAUCAGGUGCAGGUGCAAAUGCAGUUUCCACGGUAGAUGUGACCUUUCUAGCGACUGAUCCCCUAUCUGAAUUAGUUUGGUCUCCACAGAAAGGUCUGAGUCUUAAAUGUGCUGAUUGCAGCUUCUCUGAGAAAAAAGACUGUGUGUCGUGGGCUGCUGGUCCUAGCAAUGCAGUUGCCACACCAUAUCAAACAUCUGCAGCUGUGAAAUAUUGUGAUGAAGGACCUCGUGAAGAUAAUGUCAUCCCAUUAUCAUUACCAUAUAAUGAGAGGGGUGAAGAUGCUGGGAGAGAUACCCUUGCCCACCUGCCUAGCUCGAGUCAUGAAUACAAGACAGGAAAUGAUGAUAGUAUGGAUGAAAAGAACAAAGUAUUUAGAAUGCCUAUUGAGCGUGCUAGUCAGGAGGACGAUCUAAUGAACGAUAAAGGAAAAGAAAUAUUUUUUCCACUACUCAAUUUUCAAGUGACCGAAGCAUCGAAAUCUAGAGAAAGCAAUUUUUUAAGUUCACCAGAUAAGCAAUUGAAAGUUGUAGCAGAAAAUGACCCAUCGCCUGGCAAGCCUAUUGGCGGAAGAAAUGAUAUGGCUAGUGUGGAUCAGCCAUUAGAAAUGGGAACUGUUUUGGCCUUGGAAGUCAACUCUUGGGAUGACUGUGAAGCUUAUGGUACUUCAUCAUUCAAUAUAGAGGCUCCAGGAAGAGGAGAUCCCAAAUCAUCUUCUCUCAUGGGAAAAGAAACUAAUGAUAAGACAAAGAGAACUUAUUCUCCUUCUAUUUGUCCUCGAGAAAAACUUGAGUCAACUGCUGAGAAUAAUAUUCAAUCUGUAAUCAGUCAAAAUGCUGGUGGGACGCAUGAAGUCAAAAUCAAUUUGCAAAUGAAAGAAGAGAUUCUUCUGAAAGACAAGGAUUCUGUUAAACAUUCUUGCAUGAGCAGUAGGAUUCAAAAGCAUCAAAGGAAAGGCAAGGCUAAGGCUUUAUCUGAUGUAGAUGUUAAUGAAAGAAUGUCGAAUGAGAAUGAUGACAGCCAUGAGAGCGUUGAAAGCUGUAACAGUGCAGGGCUAUUUUCAACAGGGAAAAAACGUUGGAGCUUUGAACAUCAGUCGAUUUCAGGAAGUAAAAGAGUGAAAAGGCAAUUUGAAGAAAGUCCUGGCUCUUCAUCAUGCCUCAAACAGGACAGCUCCUUCCUGAAUUGGAUCUCAAAUAUGAUGAAAGGGUUAAAAUCAAGUCAUGAUGAGUCACCUUCACUUACUCUUUCCCUUACUCAAUCCACUCACAGACGUGAGCAUCGCGUUCAAAAGCUUCUUACAUGCGACAGAACACAGGAUCCUGGGAGUAAAACUAUAGGUUUUCAAUCUAUUUUUCAGUCAUUAUAUUCUCCAAGGACUAAGCCUCAGGAAACAACUAUGUUGAAUGGAAGCUAUCAAGCAGGAGAAAGAUCUAAUGAAGCUGAGCUGGCUAAUAAAGCAUGUGACAUUAACGCUAAGCCGAUUGCCUGUUUUCGGUUAAAUGAUAACUUCUGCAAUCAACUUAUGCAAUCAAAUGAGAAGCCCAAAGAUUCUGCAUCAAUGAGUGGAGAAGCUCCUGUAAGCCAGCUUAAGAGUAUGCCCUUAAGUUUUUCUGCGAGUCAGGAAGACAGCAAGAUGAUCUCCGUGGAGAAAAAAACUUGUCACAAUUUGACUACUGUGAUGGAGAAUGAUGGAAGGAGCUCGAAUUCCUCUCACAGUAAAUCUAAAGCAUUCAAUGUUGACACUAUUGACCCUGGAUUGUCAUCCAAAGUAAAACCAACUCAAUAUAGAGGUGAUUCUUUAUCAAGCUUGUGGAUAACACGGUUAACUCCUAAAACUUCUGGUCCCCCGCAAACCUUGGAUUCUUUCACCCUAAAUAGAGUAAGAGCUCUUGAGUCGACAUGUGGCACUAUGAAUUUUCCUCAAUACCAAAAUCGUAUUUGUUCUUUCAAUGAGAACAAUGUUGUGGAGAUUAAAGAGCACUGUGCUGAAGAUCAACCAGUCAUUGCAGAAAAAGAAUUGGAGAAUUAUGUUGAUAGUACUGAUUGUUUCAAUAGGGGCAAAGGCCCAAAUGAUCAGAUGUUUAUUUCCAAGAAAAAUCACAUUUCUCCGUCUACGAGUGUCAGAAAUUCGAAGGCAACGGCUUCUGUCUUUUCCAGGAGAUUAGAUACCCUCAAACAGAUAAUUCCACUGGAUGGAAGGGACAAUGCCAUUUGUGCAACCUUGACCUGUUUCUUUUGUGGCAUAAUAGGUCACCAUUUACGAGAUUGUCCACAAAUAACGAAUGCUGAGCUCCAAGAUCUUCUGAAGAAUACACAUUCAUAUGAUGCAGAAGAAUAUUCCAGUUUGUGUCUUAGGUGUUUCCAGACUGGUCAUUGGGCUGUUGCUUGUCCUAAUUCAUCCUCAAGCGAACAAUAUAAAUCAAAAUAUGGAGACUCAUUUGUCAAGAAUUACAUUCUUAGAGAAACGCAGCUUAAUAUGAAAAAUGAGGGAAGCCAAAAGCUGUUGGAUGGUAAAGACAGCCAAUUUCAAGCUACUGGUACUCAUGCAGGUGGCGACAAUGACUUAAAAACAAAGACUGAUCAUAAUAUGAACUUGACUUUGUAUGAUGUGGCCACCUCUGAUAAAAUGCGAACUGUUGCAGUAAAGAGAACCGAUGCUUCAAGUUCUGGCGAAAACAAGUUGAAGAGAAAUCAUAUUGUGCCACUGGGCAAUGUUGUCAGCUGGCAGGUUUCAGAUGCACCAAAAGGAAUUUUUGAUGCUGUGAGAAGCCUUCGUUUGUCAAGGAUGAACAUUCUCAAAUGGAUGAGCUCCCAAAUGCCAAUCCCAUCCCUUCAUGGCUUUUUCCUGCGGUUGAGACUGGGGAAGUGGGAGGAAGGACUAGGGGGAACUGGAUACUACGUGGCUUGCAUAACUGGUGUACAGAGAGAUGGUUCAACUGGGAAUUCCAGACACUCUGUCUCUGUGAGUGUUGGUGGCAUUAAGUGUUUGGUUGAGAGCCAAUAUAUCUCCAACCAAGAUUUCCUUGAGGAUGAGCUCUUGGCUUGGUGGUCCAUGAUAUCGAGGGAUGGUGGUAAGAUUCCUUCUGAAAACAAUUUGAGACAGAAGGUGGAGGAGAAGAAAAUGCUAGGCUUUUAGGCAACUCAUGGAUUCUGGGGCUGUUUGGUAAAAUUUUGCAUAAAGUUAAUUUUAAAUUUCGAUUUGCACAAAUGCAAAUACAACAGAUGAUUACUACAAGAAAUCUCAAACAAAGUUGAGGUUUCUUCUCUUGUAUAUAAAAUUGUAUGGUCUGUCUUCUCCUUUGUUUUGCUAUUUACACUUUCAACAACAAAUGUGAAUUUCUGUAGUGGAGUGUAUAAUUAAUGAACAUCCUGAAUGAUAAUAGAAGUUGAAAGAUAUUGACAAUUUACAUUCCUUCAUGCUCAA